AUGGCCGAUCUAACCGCCACUCUUUCACGUCAGUCGAAGAGUAUUCUCUCCGCUUCGCUACGCCGCCAUCAAGCCGAGCCUCCGAUCGUGAGCCUAGAUCUGCCUGAACUCGAUCGUUAUCACGAUCGCGCCGAGCACGCACUGACCGCGACCAUUGCAGCCUAUGGUCAACUUGGCCACGACGUCGCCACCACACAUUGGAAAUAUCUUCGGUCACGGCACGGUAUUCGACUUUUUCGUGGGCGCUAUUUAAACUGCGAUAGACGGACGCCGUUGUUCUGCAUGGGGACACUAUAUGGUCGUUUCGAUGAUGUCCUUGAAGGUAUCUACUGCGAUAAUACCGAGGAUAUGACGCUCAUGAAUGCCAUCAAGUGUCCCCGACUCGCCGAAAGCGCCGUACUGUAUGCGGUGCAGAAGACAACCACCUUAGAUCCGUACGCCUUCACGGGGAUCAAGUGGACAACGAUCAAGCUGCCGGUCGGCAGCAACCGAGAUUUGUGCUACUUCGACAAAAUGGGAAUGGUGCGCCAGAAGUCGGGGAAGCGGUUGGCAUACCAUGUCAUGCAGUCGGUGGAUCUGUCCCAACACGCACAAAAGUCGACGCACAAACGCGAGAAAGUGUCGUUGUGUUACUUGUUCGAAGAGCUGGUAGAUGGCCUAAUUGGUGUAUACAUGCAGGGCGAGAUCAACUACAUUGCACUCUCCUAUUUCGUCAGGAUUGCUGUAUCGGACGUGCUAUUGGCACAGAUUACCGGUGCAUUGGAUUGCGCUCGGGCAAAGAAACUAGCUCUUAUGAUCUCGGCCACCUCCAACGGCGUACCGCCAGCUGAAGCACGUCGAAGGAAGACGUGCUACGUCUGUAAAGGCAGACCACCAAUUUUCGAGAACAAUGUCAAUUGCGCGGGAUGCAAUGAAUGCGUCUGCAAGAAGUGCCGCUGCAGGGAGCGGGCUCUUGUUCGGGACACAGGAUCGAGCCUUUGUGUCCAGCGAGCUGAGUUCUGCAGCGUUUGCAUUUCAAAGAUAAACUUGUCGUCUCUCGACCACAUUCGCGUCGAAGCCACCGGAGAAAAAAUGUUUGAGCAGAUCAAGGAGACACACAGUUCAACUUUUUGCAAAAUUGACGAAGAGACCGAAGACGUGAACGGAGACAUCCAGAACAGCCAUCAGAUGCUGGCAUCGUUCGUGCACAGAGUCUCAAUUCAAAUGCAGGAAUUGAACACGGGAAGCGAUUACCGAGCAUCCAACUUGUCGUCCAUAGGGAAAACUUCGUUGGCGGAAGAAUAUGACGAUGUUCUCGACAGCGACAGUGAGGAUGAAGACGUGCUCAACGCGAGUCGCUUGGGGAAUAACCAAUUCGUUACCACCGACAAGACAGCAGUGGAGUUCUCGCGACGGAGUAACUCCACGACGUUUAGAUCAUCGUCCUCGUUUUGUCACGACGAGGAUGAUGUUGAAUUUUACCCUCCCUCGCUAUUCGAAAAGCUUGACUCAAACCACGUUUGA